AAAAAAUGCCAUUACUAGUUAAUAAACCAAUUCUUAUCAUAAAAUGAAAGCCACGCCUCUUUUGCCUCUGACGUCGUGCUGUCAAUCAUUCUGCUAUUCGACGAACAACUUUAUCAUCGGCGGAUCAAGCACCAUAAAAAAGAUGACCAGCUCAAGUCAAAGUGACUUUGACCUCAUUGCCACGCAAGAGAUCAACGUUAUCAUGAAUAGGAUUGAAACAUUUCUUGUGUGCCAAAUUGACGAGUUACGUCAAUCGCAAAAAACCCUCAGAGAAGCAACUGAGGCCUUGACAAAAGACCUACCCGCUGUCCAGAGAGAGCUGUCUGUCCUCAAAUAUACUAUCAAAGACCAGGGGAGGGACUUGGAGCAACUCAAGCUAGCGACAGAGGCAACCGACAGACCCAACAACAGCACCAAGGACAACAGUGCCUACAAAAGAUAUACUGGAAGCGCCAACGGCGACAGCGACAGAGAAAAUAAAAGACCCGCCGAUGAUAGACCCGACGACAGCACCGAAAGAUCCAUCGACUAUGACGCCAACGAAGACAGCAGUGACAGCGACAGCAGUGCCAGCGACAGCAGUGCCAGCGACGAAAGCGCCACUGAAGAGAGCGAGAACAGCGACGUUGUAGUCGUGGAGCCAGCAGAUGCCCAAACUAAGAAGGAUGAGGAGGAGCUGGACGAUCUCCUUAAGAAAUUCUGGCCACAAAAAAAAAACUGCAGGGAAAAAUUAGAUGAAAGGCAACAGGCCUUUUUUUCCUUAAUGGCGACGGAGCUGAACAUUAAAGAUAGGACCAACAUCAAAAUGAAUGCGAUGAGAAUAAUCCAACAGGGUAUUCGAAAAGGCGUGUGGCAAAAGAGCUGGAAACCUCCUGGAAUAAAACACAGUUUUGAGGAAUACAUAGUGGAAAAAAUCAAAACAUAUAUUAAAAAAACCCGCAAGAGUGACACUUGAGAACAUUCUUU